AUGGGGUUUAUUUCUUCUCUUCUAUGUUGUUCCGGUUCAAAACAGUCAUAUAAUAAGAGAAGUUCUAGUCCUGCUCCAUCAGUUGCUAGGAAACAGGUAGGGAAUAAGACAUCAAUCAGAAGAAGCCAAGCAUCGUCGAAGGCGUCUAGUUGCAACGCUCUAUCCAGCUCCGCGGAUUCUAUGGAUAAAGCGGCAGAGCUAUGCGUGUCACCAGCUCCGGCAACUGCUCCAGCAGGUUCCGCUGUUCAUUCUGACAAUAUCGCACGGGUAGCCGCUGUUACUUCGACAGACGCCCCGGGGGGAUCUGAUACUCGGAGAAAUCAGGACGAAGGCCAAUCUGAUGCACGCGUGCAAGAGGACAUUAUUAGCACACCGAACGUUUCCGAGGUGCCGGCUCAAGAAGCUGGUAAGCUCGGCAGACCAGAGUGCUCAGAGGAGCAAUGUGUCGGACAAAAGACAGAAGAGGGCCUUCUCAAGGCUCCGGAUAAAAUAGCCACUUAUGGGAAUUCGUUGGGUGUGGUGCAUAGUGGGGAUUGUGAGAAGCAGGGAGGGAACUUAGACGAUUGUGGUUCCAGCGACAAGGAGACGUUUUUUGGUGAUAAACAACUAGUGACUGUUUACCACGGUGAAACUGAUACAAGCACUGGGACUACUGAUAAUGAUAAACAAGAUGUGUCCAACAAUGUUAUACACGGAGUAACCACUACUGUCAAAGAGCGGCAAGAUUCUAGCAGCACAGAAGGCAUCACAACAGAUGCGAGCAAUAAUGACGAGGAACCUCGCCAAGAGGAGGCGAGGAGCGAUCCAGAACUAGGUUAUGAAGGCGAGGUUCUGCUAGAUCUUUCUUCUUUGCAACCGGAACAAGCGCAUGCACCCGGUUAUGAUACAUUACUACCACCGCAAAGACCAGAGUUUCGCGGUAGAAAGUGCUUGGUUCUCGACUUGGAUGAAACCUUGGUUCAUUCGUCGUUCAAGUAUCUACACACCGCUGAUUUUGUGAUUCCGGUUGAGAUUGAUAACCAGGUUCACAACGUGUAUGUCAUAAAAAGACCCGGCGUGGACGAGUUUUUAAAACGUGUUGGUGAGCUUUUUGAGGUGGUUGUAUUUACAGCCAGUGUUUCUCGUUAUGGUGAUCCGUUACUUGAUAUAUUAGACCAAUAUAAAGCGGUCCACCAUCGAUUAUUCAGGGACUCUUGCUACAAUUAUGAGGGAAACUAUAUAAAAAAUUUGUCGCAAAUUGGAAGACCACUAUCGGACCUAAUAAUAUUGGAUAAUUCUCCUGCAUCAUACAUAUUUCAUCCACAGCAUGCGGUGCCCAUUUCAUCUUGGUUUUCGGACGCCCACGAUAACGAAUUAUUGGAUAUAUUGCCGUUAUUGGAAGACCUUUCAUCCAGGAAGGUUCCUGAUGUUGCCAGGAUCUUAGAUGUGACCAUAUGA